AUGCAACAAUCCUCGGCACUGCCUACCGACUGGAAGUGCUUGAUGCAGACCCUAACUUCCGUGGAGAAGCUUAUUCACUUAUGUAUGCCAUACGCAAACAAGCUAUUUCCGAUGCAAAACCUGCUGGACAAUGAUUUUGACCAGAACCUGUCAAACACCAUUCAAACUUGGAUGAUGAAUAUGAUUGAUUUUGAUGCACUGACUAUUCAACAUCGGUUUUCUGUGAAACAGGGUUUGGAUCCUAAACUGGAUGAAUGCCCAGCACUUAGGACUGAUGACUCCGUUCGUCAUGCAUCGGUUUUGCGUGUAGCAUCUGCUCGUCACAUGGUGCCGACAUCUUCAGGAAUCUACAAAUCAGUCCUCAAGCCUCGACGCCCAGUCUAUCUGGCCGCGUUCAAUGUCCGCACUCCGAAGCAAGCAGGAAAACAAGCUGCUCUUGCACUCACACUGGACUCGCUUGGCAUUGAUGUGUGA